UACGUUAAACCGCGGUCACGCGACGCGUUUACGUUACAUCUUUGCGCCGCAACUUUUGACGGGUGGCGCAGUCGCAUUGAGCUCCUAAGCAGCAAGAUGGCGGCUAGAGCCCCAGCUAAGGCAACAAGCAGUUUGCUACAAGGCCUACGGAAGUGGUACUAUAAUGCUGCAGGAUUCAACAAAUACGGACUCGUGCGGGACGACACACUGUACGAAGAUGAUGAUGUGAAAGAGGCUAUAAGACGAUUACCUGAAAACCUUUACAAUGAGCGAUUGUUCCGUAUAAAGCGAGCUUUGGAUUUGAGCCUGAAGCAUCAAAUCCUGCCAAAAGAGAUGUGGACUAAAUAUGAGGAGGAUGUACGCUAUCUAGAACCAUAUCUCAAAGAAGUUAUUGCUGAACGAAAGGAAAAAGAAGAAUGGAAUAAGAAGUGAUUUGUUGCCUUAAUUUUUGAUUCCUCUGUUUCUGUUACUAUCUCGACAGCAAAUUUAAAGCCCUUGAUUUUUUAAUUGGCCAUUGGCAGCAGCCACGAUAAUAAUUCCCUUCUUGAAUAAAUAAAUUGUGCUGUAAACUAUGGAAACACACAAUUUGUUUUGUUUUGUACAGAAUAAUUUAAAAGUCAUUUUCUGAUUUCUUUUGCCAUUGAGUAAAACUAUUGUGAAUAUUUAAAAGAAAUAAAAUGAAAUUUUGCCUUCACGCAUUUGACUAAGAAGCAAAAUACCUUUCUCAAAUCAAACUUUUACUAAGAUCAGAAGACAAAGGAUCAGAAAGAGGUCAUUUGAUCCUCAGUCUGCUCUGCCAUUCAGUGAGAUCAUGGUUGAUCUGAUAAUGCUGAACUCCACUUUACUGUCUUCACUACAAGUCUCAAUUCCCUUACAGAUUAAAAAUCUGUCUAUAUUGUUAAUGCAGUAGCCUCAACAGCUGUCUUUUUUUUACUUCUCAUCUGGAACUUUUAAACAAAAUUCUUUACACAUUUCUAAAUUAUCCCUUUUCAAGGAGCAACUGCUUGAUACAUAGAGCUUUAGCUAAGAACCCUGCUGAAAUUGAAGCUGAAAAUCAGUUUUCCAAGAUAUUAGUGUUGAGUCUAAGCCCCCAAAAAUAGUCUAUCUGAAAGCUUAAUGCAUUGCAAUAUUUACUUGUAAAUUUUCCUAAUGUAAGCCAAAUCCCGUUACUCUCCCGGAAGUCUUUCUGUGUUUUAAAAGAAAUCACCAUGGCAACAGAAAUAUUUACAAGUUUGAUCGCCAAACAACCCUGAUCACACAGCUUAUCUGCCACUAAUUCAAAUUUAAAUUCAAAUUUAAAUUCAAAAUCAAUAAUAAUUAUGUUAAGAUUUUGAUUUACAUAUAUUUUCAAACUUGUGCUUAAGACGGUAACAAAAUGGGACGGUCUAGAUGGAGAUCCUCUGCUCCUGUUUUCUUUUCACCCCACUUUUUCCCCUCUUGGUGUUCUCUCUCCUGCAUUAGAAUGGGCUGAAAGCCCAAGUGGAGCAGGGACGGCGAGCUGGCUAGAGGUUUGCAUGAAGUGGUGAUGGCCAGUGGGCAGCAGCCCCAAGCUAUGUGACGGUAGCUAGCAGACUGGACGUUCAAGCUGAGUGGGUACAGCUGGCAGAGGUCUGAGUGGACAAUUGUUGGACUGAGGAUUGGUGGGGCGGUAAGCGGCUUAGGAGCCUGGGCAGACUACACAUCGAAGCCUCCUGUUCUGAUAUACUGAAGGACUGAUUAUCUCUUUAAUGUUAUUCUGAUUUUCUAACUUACAUUACUUACAGUUGUUCACAGUAUAUCUUUAUUUCCUUUUCUCCCCCUUUAUUUCUGUAUUUUCUGUGCCUAGGUACUUUGUACUAAAGGUGGAACCAUAGGGUGUGACAUUGUAAACUUUUCACUGUACUCCAGUACUUGAGUAUAUGACAAUAAAGGAUAUUCUAAUUCUA